AUGCUUCGGCCGGUCGUCCUCCACAUCUUAUUAUUAGUCUUUUUCACAGGUUUGUGAGACAAAAUUGUUGACAUCACAAAAGAAAAAGAUUGAACUGAUAAAAAGUUAUUGAAUUUGCGCGUGAAAGUUCCUCUGUACGUUACGCUCACCACGUACCGCGUAAAUCGGCCUCUCGUAUUUCAUUCGUUUGUAAAUAUUAAGCGCCGGUAAUUAUCACCCAUUAUAUGUGAACACUUCGCAAUAGGGCGCACUUGGUUUUACGCAUAUUUCGCGGAAAUCCGAACUAUUUCUAUCUCAUGCCGUGUUCAAAGUAAUUUCCGCGAAAUGCAAAAUGGUCUCUGACCCUCCAAAAUUUAGUUAUCUUUCUCUUUCUCUGACGGCUAUUUUGAAUUUCGCGGAAUCACUUUGAACACGGCAUCACCUCGCUUUUUCUGAGUUUUUCAUUUGUUUUCGAAAUUUCAUGAUCUAUAAUCAAACUACAAGAUGAUGGUGAAUACUUACUGCGACGAAAGGAAAGGGGCUACCGUUCGCGUGAAAAAUUCCCAAAAUCGAAAAAAUUUUCAAUGAGACCGUGUAGUCAUCAUCAGGGUGAUACGGGAACCGGCUCGUGAGCCUAUCGGCCCUUGGCCAUUAUCUAAGCCCCGUUUGACCUUAGAGAGGCCUCAAAUAAAAAAGAACGGGCUCAAAUUUUCUUCAAGUCAAAUAUCAAGCUUUUUUUUUACAACAGAAGUCACAUUUAUGCUUGUUCAUUUACUCACAGUUCAACAGAAACUAUAAUUUAACAAAAUUUAACAGUGAAAUUUGGAAAAAUUUUCGAAGCCUGGCCUGACCCAAGCCUGCGCAAACUUUUUCUCAAAAAUGAGGCCCUAAGUCCGGGCGCCCGGAAGACGAUAUUGCUGACGCUACAUUAGUAACUCGCAAAAAAAAAAUCACUCAAAUAUAUAGAAGAUAGUCGUCAAUUUUAACGUUCAAUGGGAUGUUCGUUCGAUUUUUUUUUUCAACCGUUUACCUAGUUUUAAACAUAAAAACGGGGUCUUGCUUUUUUUUUUAAACUGUUAUCCAGUUUACUCCAAAGUUUGUGUGAAAAUUCAGUGUAAUCCCUGUAAAAGUACACUGCAGUUCUCCGAGCUAUUUUGAAGCUCUCUGCUCAAAACUUGUGGCAAAAUUGAUCUCGAUCAUCUACGUGCCGCAGAAAUUCGUUUGCUACGACAUCUUCGAGCUGUAGCACGUGCCAUAAAAUAUUUUUUAUUUCAAAGUUCAUGAAGUGGAUUAUAAAUCAUGAAAAAAAAAAAUGAAAAACUCAGAAAAAGCGAGGUGAGAUGGAAAUGAUUCGGAUUUCCUCAAAAUAUGCGUAAAGCCAAGUGCGCCCUAUCGCGAAGUGUCCACAUAUAAUGGGUGAUAAUUACCGGCCCUUGUAAAUAUUUCUUUUCUUUUUUUUUUGUUUUUCUUUUAAACUUCUAACAUUCCAAAAAAAAUUUUAGUUUAAUAUAGCCAUAUGUGCGUCGAUUUUUUUUUGUUUAGAAAGAUUUUCAUUUGCGCCGGAAGCGGUUUUACGUCAAAUAUUCAUUGAAAUGUUUUUUCUCUUUUCGAAUUUGUCGCUUCGGAAAAGAAUGCUUGAAGUUCUUUCUGUUCAAGAGUUGAAGAAAGAUCUUGAAAUUCGAGUAUCUUCACUAAAAAUUGGAUGUGAUUCGUUAAAAACCUAUUGAAACCAUUUUUUUCAACAAAAAAAUUUUCAAAAACUCGUUUUCAGAUCAAGCCGCUGCCCAAUACGAUCCCGGUGAGUUGAGUGCGUCUAACAGCUGAUAUUUUUGACAUUUCAUCGUAUUUUUCUGAAUUUCUCGGUAUCGAAAGUGAAUUCAGUAAUAUCAUCAUCAUGGUCGAUGUGGUCGCCGUGGAGUUUUUGCUCCAACAAUUUGAUGAUUCGCGUCAGAGCUUGUUCUACUGUUCGAGGAUAUAAAUGUGCAGGACAUAAUAAGGUUCGGAAACAAAAUGCUCUUUUAUUUUUGAAUUUAUGAGGUUUUCUUAGGAUGAUUUGAUGGAAGCGUUACAUUUCAAUGGAAACUACUAUCGGACGGUCAUUUUAGACCUGUAUUAUUUCGUUAUAUAGCUGUCAAAUUUUAAAAAUGGAUUUUUUUUUCGCGUUUUUCACCUAAUCUGUAUAUUUCCUGUUGAAAAUGUAACUUUUGGAAUUUUUUUCGUUACCAUUCGUUUUCUCUUCAAAAAUCAUCAAAAACCACAGUUUUCUUUCUUUCAUCCAUCACAUCGAAGAACGCAUGAAAAUCAGUCUUGGUUUCCCUUUUUGGGGAAAUUCGCCGUUCGAUUGAUUAGAUAACCCAGAUAGCCGCGAAAAUGGAAGAGAUUGAUGGAAAUUGCAAAGUUCUGGGUGGACAGAGUUAUUGAUUUUUUCUUUUGAGUGGAAAAUAUUUAGGAAAAACAUGGAAUUUUUUUACUAACCUUUAUAUGAGUUUAAAAUUUCGAUUUUAGAAAUCUUGCGCUCAUAAUUUUUGUUUUUUUAUUAUUUCAGCGAAAUUUUUAAAAAAAGGAGCUCAAAUUAGAAAUCAAUUUUUCGCUGAAUUUUUGAAAGCAUAACUUAAAAAAAUUAUUGGAAAUCGAAAAAAAUGAUUCUAUUUUUUUCUAUUUUUUUAAAUUAGUUUCAAAAUCAUGAAAAAAACAUUUUUCUUGCAAUUAUACUAUGGUUUUUUUGAACUUAAUGCCGUGUUCAAAGCUAUUUAGAACAAUUCAAAAAUAGUUUCCAGAAGGUUUAAGAUAUAGAUAUAUUGUAAAUCCAAUCUAACCUCUGAAAUAUUCUUAAUUUUUUUAUUAUUUGAUAUUUCAUCUGUACAUUUUUCACAUACAUUACAUCAUAGACAUCAUUGUCAAAAUUAAUAUAGGUUAAUUUUGAAGAUCCAGGUAAUGUUCGAAAUACUUUGAACAAGACGUUAUCUGUUUUUCAUUGUUUGCUAGGGUAAAUUGACUGAAGUUACAUUAAAAAAAGAUCAAAAAAGCUCAAAAUUUCACAAAAUAAUCAUCUUUUCUUAGUUUUUCCAAAAAUUAUUCAGGAAUUCCAAUCGUGCAGCUCAGCGCCACCGAAAAGGAACCAACUCGACUACGAUCACCAAGAUCCGGAAGCCGUCGACCGUGAGAUGGCCAUGCGACAGUUGUAUCAAGACUACGAGCCGGGAGUUCCGGAUAAUGUUGAAUGUAUUGAUUCGUUUCCUGUUUCUGGACAAGUUUAAAUGUUCUCUGCUAUUUAUUGUUUUUAUUCGUGAUCAAGAAACAAGAUGAUUCAUUCUUGAAAAUUCCCUUUUCUCUUAGUUUUUGGCACUUGAGCUCAAUAUUCAUCUUCAAAAAAAAAAUUCUCUUUGAACUUUUUUCGAAAAAAUUCCUCUCAUUAUGGUAGUUUAGUAGGAAAUUUAUCGUAUUUAAAAAAGAGAUUUGAACUUUUUUUUUUAAAUUUACACCUAGAAGAUUUUUUGUACAGAGAAAAGCUAUCUAUCCGAAGAAUUUUGAGCUUGAAAUUAAAAUUUUUUGUUCUACUUCCGACCGCUGUCUUAUGAAAUGAUAACUUUCAGUCGUUCCAAAAGUGCCUUUGAUGACCCGAGGAGGCCGUCCUUUCAUGGAAACUCGCCCGGCCGUUCCGACAACGACGACUAGACCUGAACCUAUCGAGCAGAUCGCUCAAAGAUUCGCGAAUUCAGGUAAAAUCAAAAUAUACCUGGAAAUGUAAAAUUUAAUUUUUCAGAGACAUCAAACUUGUCAGUUAUCCCACCACAAAGGAAUGACGACAACUUUGCGGUUAUUAAUAUGAAGGAACCUUCUUCGACUUCUAGUUCGACUACUACUUCUGAACCUAUAAAAACGACCACCGCUUCUGAAGGAGAAGAAGUUCCUGCUUCGGCUGAACCUGGAAAAGAAGAAGAAGAGGAAAAAUUGAGUUUGGAAGAGCGACGAGGGCUCGAAGACGUGAAAUCAGCCUUGGAGGAAAGACUCGCAGAAAAGGAAAGACUUCUGGAAGAAGAGAGAAGGCGUCAAGAAGAAGAAGAAAGGAUUCUAGAAGAAAGAAGGCGUCAGGAAGAACAGAAACUUCAAGAAGAACGACAAGCUCUAGAAGCACAAAAACGCCAAGAAGAACAGCGUUUGGCCGUAGAGCGACGUCUUCAGAAAGAGAAGAAGCUUCAAGAAGAUCAACGACGUCUUCAAGAAGAACAAGGACGCCUUCAAGAAGAACAGAAGGUUCGAGAAGAACAACGACGUCUUCAAGAAGAACUGAAGCUUCAAGAAGAACAACGACGUCUUCAAGCAGGACUGAAGCUUCAAGAAGAGCAACGACGUCUUCAAGCAGGACUGAAGCUUCAAGAAGAGCAACGACGUCUUCAACAAGAAGAACAGCUCCAGGAAGAGCAACUUCGUAAGCUACAAGAACAAGAGCGUCUUCAAGAAGAGGAAAAGCUCCAAAAAGAGCGACUCCAGGAUAAGAAACGUGUUCAACAAGAAGAACAGCUUCAAAAAGAGCUACAGCUCCAAGAAGACGGCCGACGUCAAGAGGAGCGAAGACUUUCUGAAGAACGACGUCUUCAAGUGGAACAUCAGCUCCGAGAAGAUCAACGACAUCAAGAAGAUCAACGUCGUAUCCAAGAAGAAGUCGCCUUAAAGUCGAGGCUCGAAGAAGCUGGCCGAAGAGUCGCCUCCCAGAACUCUGAUUUUUCUCUCUCGGACCAUGAAUUUUCUGAGAAGUUCGGUCAGUCCAGAGAGCCUGAACUAUCCUUCGGCAAGCCUGUCGUUCAUCUGGAGGACUCUGAAGCUACCUCGGACUCUUUCCCUAUUGAGGCUGAGCCGGAGUCUGACUUCAGUGGGUCCACCCACAGCGUUGGCUCCUAUGCCAUUGGCAAGGAGCCAAGUGUUGAGCUUCCCAAGUUCAGCAUUGCUCAUCGAGCAGAACUUCCUGAGGUCCGACGAGCUCCAACUCAGCCCUCGACUUCCGUUGCUCAUGUCGAGCUCCCCAUGUCGAUGAUCCCGGAAGUCGUAGCUCCGGCUCCAGUUCAUCUAGUCACGGCCAAUCAGAAGCUCCGGAGCAUGCCUCGGUUCAUGGGCGAAAUGGUUUGAAAAGAACCAAAUUCAAACAAAAAAAUUAAUUUUUAAGAAAGCCUAUCCAAGAAAGGUUGUUCCGACAACUACGACGGUUCCGACGCCAUCGCCGUUGGAUAUGGAUAAGAUUUUUCCGGGAGAUUAGCGCUACUUCUGUGAAACCUAAUCAGGUAAAAAAAAAAGUAGAAUAAUUGAAUGGGAAAAAAUUGAAAAAAUUGAAAAAUAAAAAUAAAAUAGCUGGAUCACAUCUGCGCUCCAUUAAGAAAAUAAAAAAGGACUGUGGAUUAAGUUUCAAUUUCAAGGUUUACUUCUUAUCUUACCAGGAAAAAUGCAUGUGAAUUUUUAAGACAAAUAAAUUUUUGAAUGUUUUAUCCAUGCAGCGCACAUGCUCAAAUGUCUGUGGUGGGGAAUUUCUGAGAGGUCCCUAUAGGAGAGCCCCUCAUGAGGCCCCUAUUGAAAGAGAGUAUCCUAUAGGGGUCCCUCAUCAGUCCCCUAUGAAACCCCCUAUAGGGACCCCUUGAAAGUUUUCCAGUGGGUUAACAAGCUAAUUUCCUUUUUUUUUUUAGUUCAGCUUCUAAAAAAGUUCACUUUUCUCACUUUUUGUCAAGCUCAACGGAAAAAGUUUUUGCUAUUUUCGGUAGAUUAUUCAAUUUUCAAAUCUUAAAAGCUUGAUGGCUUCUUUAUAAUGAAAAAAUGAUGAAAAAUAGUUCUAGGGGUCUUCGGGAAAUUUUUUUAAAUAAACUUUGGGCUCAGACUUUUCACCAUCAAAUUCACAUAUUUCCAAUUUUUUUUUAGCUCACCGUCGAAAUCACAUCAGCGCCGACGAAGAAGAAGCUCCGCAAGACCAAAACCAGAAGAUUGAAAAAAUUGAACAGGAGGGGCAGGAUGAAGGUCGUCGCCGUGGUGCCCACUGACGCUACGGUAAAGUUGACUUUUUUCAAAAUUUUUCUAGGGGUUUCUUAAGGGAUAUUUAAGCAAAAUAAACCUUCACAACUUUAAAAGUCACUUUCCAGCUUCAAACUAUUGGAAUCCAUGAAUAUUCUUGUAUUUAUUAAACCUGAAGCAUUCAGAUGGUGACUGAAGCGCCGAAUGAACAAAAAAUGAGCCAAAAUUCGAACAAUAUCGGACGGCGAGUGGCUGGAGAAGCGUCCGUGACUACCGAGGUAAUCAUUUUCAAAUUUGGAUCAGAAUGA